ACACACACACACACACACACACACACACACACACACACUGAACACUGAACGAGGCAGGCCUGGAAAACCGGGACGCUUCAAUUAGCGCUCCACGGACGGAUCCCUGGCGUGGACAUUUUUAAUUUUUCAUCACAGCCUCCUUGGAUUUUUAUUCAUGUGGCUUUUUGCGCAUAGAGCUCGAACGCUGUUGAGGUGUGUUUGAGCAACUGAGCCAUUUCGGAGAUGAAGACAAGCGCUCGGUGAAUGGGAAACACCAACCCGGAGCCACCGCUACCUUUUCCACAUCUUGACAAACACGCUCACCCUUCCGUUGGCGAAAUUUGCGCACCCGAGACCGGAACCGGUGUCUGAGCUCUGCGGGGCCGGGCGCGCGUCGUCUGGGAGGAGUAGGGAGGAUGGAGGCGUUUUUUACAGAGGGGGCCCGCGUUUGGGUCAGAGAGAAGGAGCAGCUGGUUCCCGCCACAGUCAACUCCUGUGGAGAUGGAACACUUAUUGUCACAACCGACUAUGGAGAGGUGUUGUACCUGCAGCAGGCUGAGGUUAACAGGGAGCGCGUGUAUGCUAUGCACCAGUCCAGCAUCGAUGGGGUGGAGGAUAUGUCAGCACUGGCUGAGCUGCACGAAGCCGCCAUUAUGCACAACCUGUACCAGCGCUACCAGAAGGAUAACAUCUAUACUAAUAUCGGCAGCAUCCUGGCAGCCGUCAACCCCUACAAGCAGAUCUCAGGUCUGUAUGACCCAGAGAGGGUGGACCUGUACUCCAAGCACCAUAUAGGGGAGCUCCCUCCACACAUCUUUGCAGUGGCCAAUGAAUGCUACCGCUGCAUCUGGAAACGUCAUGACAGUCAAUGUGUCCUCAUCAGUGGUGAAUCAGGGGCAGGAAAGACGGAGAGCACUAAACUGUUGCUUCAGUUCCUGUCGGUGAUGAGCCAGAAUUCAGCUGGGACUUCUCCAUCGGAGAAAAGUACACGAGUGGAGCAGGCCAUCGUACAGAGCAGUCCGAUCAUGGAAGCGUUUGGUAAUGCUAAGACUGUUUACAACAACAACUCCAGUCGCUUUGGGAAAUUCAUUCAACUUCACUUUUCUGAGGGCGGCAACAUCCAGGGAGGCUGCGUCAUUGACUAUUUACUGGAAAAGAACCGAGUGGUGCGACAGAAUCCUGGAGAAAGAAACUACCACAUCUUCUACGCUCUGCUGGCGGGAGCUAACAAAAAUAAUAAAAGCCUCUAUUUCCUGGAGGACCGUCCUGAAGCUUUCCACUACCUCAGCCAAUCAGGAUGUAUGAAGGACAAGAGCCUGAAUGACAAAGAACUGUAUAACAGUGUUAUGGAGGCGCUGAAGGUGUUAGAGUUCACAGAGGAGGAGAUCAGAGACAUGUUUAAGCUGCUGUCAGGAGUCUUACAGCUGGGGAACAUUGAGUUCAUGACUGCAGGAGGAGCCCAGAUCACCACCAAGCAAGUGGUCACUGAUUCCAGUGAGCUGCUGGGCCUGGAUGCCUUCCAGCUGUCCGAAGUCCUGACUCAGCGUUCUAUAAUCCUCAGAGGAGAGGAAAUCUGCUCCCCACUCACAAUAGAGCAGGCCGUGGAUUCCAGGGACUCUGUUGCCAUGGCGCUAUAUUCCCAGUGUUUCUCCUGGAUCAUCCUCAAAAUCAAUCAGAAGAUCAAAGGGAAGGAGAACUUUAAAUCCAUCGGCAUCCUUGACAUCUUUGGCUUUGAGAACUUUGAGGUGAAUCGGUUUGAGCAGUUCAACAUCAACUACGCCAACGAGAAACUUCAAGAGUACUUCAACAAGCACAUCUUCUCCCUUGAGCAGCUAGAGUACAACAGGGAAGGUGUCCAGUGGGACGCCAUAGACUGGAUGGACAAUGCAGAGUGUCUUGAUCUUAUAGAGAAGAAACUGGGCUUGUUGGCACUCGUGAAUGAAGAGAGUCGAUUUCCCAAAGGAACUGACUUCACUCUGCUGGAGAAGUUGCACAGCAGACACUCAACAAACCCGUACUACGUCAAGCCCAGGCUUGCUGAUCAUCAGUUUGGUAUUAAACAUUAUGCCGGGGAGGUCCUGUAUGAUGUUCAAGGGAUCCUGGGAAAGAACAGAGACACCUUCAGAGACGACAUCCUAAACAUGCUAAAGGACAGCAGACUGGACUUCAUCUACGACUUGUUUGAGAAGGUCGGCAGCAGGAACAAUGAGGAGAAGAUGGGUACGGCCAGACGCAAACCCACCGUGAGCUCCCAGUUCAGGGACUCCCUUCAUGCUCUCAUGGCCACUCUGAGUGUAUCUAACCCUUUCUUCAUCCGCUGCAUUAAACCCAACAUGGAAAAGAAUCCAAGUGUGUUUGACCCAGAGGUCGUUCUGAACCAGCUGAGGUAUUCUGGGAUGUUGGAGACUGUGAAGAUCCGUCGGGCCGGGUUUCCUGUCCGCAGAACUUUCAAAGAUUUCAUCUCUCGGUAUAAAAUCAUUCAGAAAGAUAAAUCGUCAUUAUCAUCAUCAGUAGCAGCAGGCGAUGAUAAGAAGAGAAGUACAGACCUUUUAACCAAAUAUGACAAGACCAAAAAAGAGUGGCAGUUGGGCAAGACCAAGGUGUUUAUGAAAGAGUCUCUUGAACAGCGUUUAGAGAAAGACAGGGAUGAACUCCGACGCCAAGCUGCCAUGAUAAUUCGAGCCCAUCUACUCACUUUCUCUGCCAAGAAGCACUUCAAGCGUGUACGUGCCAGCGUGGUCACCCUCCAGAAACACUUCAGAAAGCACAUCCAACGCAGACGGUUUGUGAAGAAACGCAAAGCAGCGCUGGUGCUGCAAAGACACAGGCGAGGUCAAGUGGCACGUACACGAGUCCGAAAACUCCGAGAGGAGAAAAAGAAGAAGGAGGAAGAAGAGAAAAAGAAAGUGGAGGUGGAGGAGAAGAAGACGGCAGGCGAAGGGGAGCAGGAGGAAGCGAAUGAAGGAGCAGAGAAGAAGGCAGAGUCGUCAGAGGAAAGUGCUGGUUCUUCAGAUGAGGCCAGACAGAUGGAGGAGAUCCUGCAGUUGGAGCGAGAGAUCGAGCGCUUGCAAAAGAAGAGAGAGGACGAGGUGUCUCAGCUGUGUGAGUCCUCCAAACAGGAGCUGCAGCUGCGCCGGGAUGCUGAGCUCAAACGGAUGAAGAAGGAAGCGUCUCGCAAGGCCACGGAGCUCAUCGACCUCCUGAAUUUCGGAGGCGUGGACCCUUCGCUCGGACCAGUCGCAGCCAAGCAGGCCGCCGAGGCAACAGCUCCAAAAGCUGCGAGAGCCACCAGAGGUGCGUCCAAAGAAGAGGAGGUGGACGAGGGCUUUCAUGCUGAGGAGGAGUGCAUCCCUCUGCCUGACUUCCCUCCUCCUGCUGAGACAGACGCUCCUAUCGAUCAGGACAUAUUCGCUCACCUCCCACCUCCCCCUCCUGCUUUCGCAGAAGGGACAGUGCCUCCUGCACCACCUCCUCCCCCUCCGCUGCCUGCAGGCGAUGCGCCUGUUGCUGGAAUCCUCACCUCAUCUCCUCUCCCUCCGCUUGAAGAUGGCUCCCCUGUCAUUCCUCCUCCACCUCCGCCUCCCCCUCCUCCAGGAGAGGGGGAGAAGAAAGAUGGAGCCAAGGCAGACCCAGAGUGGAAGGUGAGCAUGGUGGAGAGCCUAGGAGACGGGGAGGAGCCCAUCUACAGCAUGCCGGCCGACACCGAGUCCGAUUACGACCAGGAGGAGGAGGAUGGGUCCGUGACAGCCGGAGACGACAGCUCCAUAUCCGGGAGCAACCGCGGGAGCACCACCGUGACAGAUGAGGAGCACCCGAGGAAGUCGACCUGCACCAACACCAGCAUCGAGUCCUGCAGAGGCAGCUCUGACUCUGUGAGGACACACACUCACACGCAUCCUCACACGCGAGCACGCAGAUAUUAUGCAGACAGUGACGAUGAACACGAUGGCAUGAUGGACACCGACGAAGAAGUGACUAAUGGCAGAGUGACAUUGCUGAAUGGAAACGGACCACCAUAUUUCCACGGAUACCUCUACAUGAAGGCUGGUCUGAUGAUCCCAUGGAGGAGGCGGUGGUGUGUGCUGAAGGAUGAAACCUUCAUGUGGUUCCGGUCCAAACAGGAGUCUCUCAAGUCUGGCUGGCUCUACAAGAAGGGAGGAGGGCUCUCCACUCUCUCACGGAGGUUAAACUGGAAGAUGCGCUGGUUUGUACUGAGGGACAGCAAGCUGAUGUACUAUGAGAACGACAGCGAGGAAAAGCUGAAGGGAACCAUCGACAUCCGAGCUGCCAAGGAGAUAGUGAAUAAUCACGAAAAAGAGAAUGCGCUGAACAUUGUGACGGAUGAGAGGACCUAUCAGGUGUUUGCGGAGUCGCCAGAGGAUGCCAGUGGGUGGUUUAAUGUGCUCAGUAAAGUGCGUGUGUGCACUCCUGAGCAACUGCUGGAGAUGUCCCAUGAACAAGCCAACCCAAAGAACGCUGUGGGAACUCUUGACGUGGGGCUUAUUGACUCUGUUUGUGCUUCAGACAACCCUGAUCGGCCCAACUCUUUUGUCAUCAUUACGGCCAACCGUGUGAUCCACUGCAACAGUGACACACCGGAGGAGAUGCAUCACUGGAUCAGUCUGCUGCAGAAACCCAAAGGAGACGCCAGGAUAGACGGCCAGGAGUUCCUUGUCAGAGGCUGGCUCCAAAAGGAGAUGAAGACGAACGCUAAGAGCACCUCCCUGAAGCUGAAAAAGCGCUGGUUUGUUUUGACCCACAACUCCCUGGAUUACUACAAGAGCUCAGAGCGAAGCUCCUCCAAGAUGGGAACUCUGGUCCUAAACUCCCUCUGCUCUGUCAUUCAGCCGGAUGAACGCGUCCACAGGGAGACAGGUUACUGGAACAUCAUUGUGUACGGGAGGAAGCAUUCUUACCGCCUCUACACCAAGAUGCUGAAUGAGGCCAUGAGGUGGACAGCCGCCAUACAGGGGGUCAUAGACAGCAAGACCCCCAUAGAAACCCCGACUCUGCAGCUCAUCAGAGACAUCAAGGAGAACAGUGUGAACCCAGACAUUGUGGAGCAGAUGUACAGGAGGAACCCCAUCCUCAGAUACACUCAGCAUCCUCUGCACUCCCCUCUACUGCCGCUCCCUUACGGAGAGGUCACCAGCCUACAAAGGCAGCAGGGCUAUGCCAGUCUGCAGGAUGAGGCAGUGCGAGUUUUCAACUCACUGCAGGAGAUGGAGACGCUGGCGGACACAGUGCCCAUCAUUCAGGGCAUCCUGCAGACUUGCCAGGACCUGCGCCCUCUCAGGGAUGAGGUAUAUUGUCAGGUGAUCAAGCAGACCAAUCAUGUGCCUCAGCCUAACAGCCCAGCCAACCGGGCACACUGGCAUCUGCUCACCUGUAUGAGCUGCACCUUCCUACCCAGUCGAGUCAUUCUCAGAUACCUCCGCUUCCACCUCAAGAGGGUACGAGAGCGUUAUCCCGGCACCGAUAUCGAACGUUACGCCAGUUUCAUCGGGGAAUCUCUAAAAAAGACCAAGAGUCGUGAGUUUGUUCCCUCUCAAGAGGAGAUCGCCGCCCUGCUGGUGAGACAGGAGAUGAGCACCACUGUCUACUGCCACGGAGGAGGCUCCUGCAAGAUCUCCAUCAAUUCACACACCACAGCUGGAGAGGUUGUGGAGAAGCUGAUCAGAGGUUUGGCCAUGGAAGAGAGCAAGAACCUGUUUUCUCUGUUUGAACACAACUCCUGCACAGACCGAGCUUUGGAGAGCAGAGUGAUUGUGGCCGACGUUCUGGCCAAGUUCGAAAGAUUGGCAGGCAGUGAAGAAGAGGAGGAGGAAGGAGAAUGGAAACUCUACUUCAAGCUCUACUGCUUCUUGGAUGUAGAGAGCAUGCCAAAAGAAGGAGUGGAGUUUGCUUUCAUGUUUGAGCAGGCUCACGAGUCUUUGAUAAGUGGUCACUUCCCGGCUUCAGAGGAGACUUUGCAGCACCUGGCUGCUUUACGUCUCCAGUAUCUCCACGGCGACGGGGCAGGUCGGGCUGGGUGGAGCCUGGGAACCGUUUAUCCAAUUGGACGUCUCCGCAAUCGCAUCAUUCACUCCACCAAGCCGGGCGUGGGGACGGCAGGUGGAGCCGGAGGAGCUGGAGUAGGAACAGGAGAUGGGAAGGGAAUAGCAGGAGGACAGGGAGGUGUCGGGAUCGGGGCAGAGAAACGAAGGACCCCGAGCUUCCUGGACGGCACCCUGAGGAGAAGCUUCAAGACUGGGUCACUGAAGAAGCAGAAGGUGGAAGAGGAGCAGAUGCUGGAGAUGUGGGUGAAGGAGGAGACGUCCGCCACACGGACCAGUGUUCUGGAGAAGUGGACCCGGCUACAGGGCAUGCCUCAGCAUCAGGCCAUGCUUAAUUACAUGAGCAUUAUCAAGGAGUGGCCUGGAUAUGGAUCUACUCUGUUUGAUGUGGAGUGUAAAGAGGGUGGUUUCCCUCAUGAUCUGUGGCUGAGUGUGAGUGCUGACAAUGUAUCAGUAUAUAAACGGGGUGAGCCUAAGCCACUGGAGACCUUUCAGUACGAACACAUCACCUUCUUUGGGGCGUCACAACCCUUCACCUACAAGAUCAUUGUGGAUGAGAGGGAGAUGUUCUUUGAGACGCCACUGGUUGGAGAGAUCACCAAGAUCAUGAGGGCCUACAUUAACAUGGUGGUGAAGAAACGUUGCAGCACCAUGUCAAUGAUCAGCAUAACCAGUUCCUGGGUCAGGUGAUUGCCACAAACCAGUCAGAGCCCUCGGUUCAUCCAGUGGCAACAGAUGCCUCGGCCCCAGUGCAUUGGUUGGUUGGUUUUUAUGGAGGCAGUCACAUCAACCAGCUAUUCUUCAAGGUUGAACCAAGAGUGGUGGAUGAUCGAAUGGCGUAAAGCACGAUAGAAGUGGACACAGAAGCCAAACGCACAUUCUACUGGCCUGGGUCUCACUUGGGAUAGGGGGGAUUAGGGCGCUAUUUAAAAAUGUGCAUGACAAAGAAAUCAACCUGUAUUUUGGGACAGUCCUUCAAAUACAUAACCCGCCAGUUGUAGUCCUGCAUGUAGAUGUUCAAGCACACUCCAAACUUCUCUCUGCUUCCCUUCCGGACAGAUUUCAGUAAUAACAAGCACAACUCAGCCACUCAAUCCUAGGCUGCCCCCCACCCCUCCCACCGAUCCCCCAGUGCACUGCCAGACAGAAGAAAGCAACACUUUCUCAGUUAAAUCUGUUUCCUUCUUACUCCUCCAAUUUCAAAGUCUCUCUCUGUCUCUCUCUCUCUUUCUAUUCACAUCCUCGCUGCUGUUGCAUCUUUGUUUGCUGUGGGUAUUACGUUAUUAUGCUCAAUUCUUGCUUGCUUUCUCUCUGUCGUUCUCUUUCUGUCGUUUAUCUUUCACAUCAGCUGUAUCGCAUCUGUUUGUGACUUGAGAAAAAGGACUCAAUUGAUUCUUUUUCAGGGCUACUAAAGGGGGGAAAAAAAAUAAACUCCCCGCCCAACAUAGUGUUCACACGCUCACUC